CGUUAUCUCCUUUUCAUACCUGAAGGCACGGGUGCACCCACCUGACGAUGACAUGACACGUGACGUUCUUGUCAUUCAAAAUGGCGCCGCCUCGUCUGCUGGUCUGCGUUUUCAUCUUCUACUUUCUGUGUCAAAGCGGUCAAGGUGCUCUGCAGCUGGCAACUUACUAUGGUGACCACAUGGUUCUUCAACGAGGACCCCAGCGGGCUGUACUCUGGGGAACAGCCUCGAAAAACGGAGACACGGUUUCUGCUCAGAUCGUGGGUCAUGGGUCACCGGUCACAGGUCAGGUCAAGACGGCAAGUGGUUGUUGAAGCUGCCUGCUGUGACUGACCCCGGACCUUUCGUCAUCAGGGUCAGCUCCAGCGAGGGACAGGUCACUCUCAACGACGUGCUCUUCGGGGACGUGUGGCUGUGCUCUGGGCAGAGCAACAUGGAGUUCCCCAUGAAUCAGGUCAACAACUCCGAGGAUGAGCAGCAGAGGGCGCUGGCGUUCAGCACUAUUCGCGUUUUCCUGACGGCGUUCGCUAAGUCGGACUCACCCCUCGACACUGUCAGCACGUGGCACCCAUGGGGUCCUCCUACUUCAGGUGGAAUCGGCGGCUUAUCAGCUGUUUGCUGGCUGUUUGGGGAGUACCUGCAGCCUCACCUCAACUACCCCAUUGGCCUGGUCCAGACCUCCAGAGGAGGCACGUCCAUCGAGGCCUGGUCGCCUCCAGAGGCUAUCAGUGUCUGCCCGUCUAAUCCAUUUAAUAACGAGCCAGAGUGUUGCCCACAGAGGCCUCUGGUGCUCUGGAAUGCCAUGAUUCAUCCUUUUCUGAACAUGACCAUUUUUGGAGCGAUAUGGUAUCAAGGGGAGACCAAUGUCGGAUAUCCAGAGGCCUAUUCCUGCCAGAUGAAGCAGCUGGUCAAACAGUGGCGCGACAUGUUCCACAAUGGUUCGGUUGGGGAGACUUCACUCGACUUCCCCUUCGGAUAUGUUCAGUUGUCCGCACUGAACCCACCAAACGCCACCCAGUGGGACGCAUACCCGGAUCUACGCUGGGCUCAGACGGUGGGUCACGGGUACAGCCCCAACCCUGACCUUCCAUACACCUUUAUGGCCGUCGCCAUGGAUCUUCCAGACUUCAGUUCGCCAUACGGCGCCGUGCACACUCGCUUCAAGCAAGAUGUCUCCAGGCGUCUGGUACUAGGUGCCCUGCACGUGGCCUACGGACGCAGUGACGUCACCUUCCAGGGUCCCUUCCCGACACUCUUCACGAAUGACGCCUCACAACGCGCCCUCAUAGUGCAGUACGACUAUGGGCGAACUCCGCUGGACAUCCGGGCAACAAAUGGCUUUCAAAUCUGCUGCGCCAGUUCGUCAGACCCGUGCGACAGCCACGGCCCGCGAUGGAUGGAGGUCCCGAUCACCAAACAUGGAAACUCUGACGUCACGCUGUCCAUUGCCGGGUGCAGCCAGCGCGUGAUGGGGCUGCGCUAUGCAUGGCGGGAUAGCCCUUGCGAGCUGAAAAAGUGCGCCAUCUAUGCUGCGGACUCUGGAUUACCGGCCCCGCCCUACAUGACGAAGACACCAGUCACGUGACAAACCUCUUAAAGGAAAUCAAAAUAUU